AUGCGACUGAUCAACGUGGAGACACUCCAAAUGGAGGAGUUCUUUGGCGAUUCAAUCCCCGAGUAUGGCAUCCUCUCGCACACCUGGGCCGAGCAAGAGGUUUCGUUUGACGACUGGCAGCGGCUCGACACGGCGGCGUCAAAGAAGGGCUAUGCAAAGAUCCUUGGGGCUUGCAAAUUCGUGUCCCAGAUGGACGGCCUCAAGUACUUGUGGGUUGACACGGCCUGCAUCGACAAGCGGAGCAGCGCUGACCUGUCCGAGGCCAUCAACUCCAUGUUCCGCUGGUACGGCGACUCGCAGGUGUGUCUGGUCCACCUCGCCGAUGUUGAUGCUCCGGCUCAGCGGGUUGCGGCCGGACCGCGAGAUGUCAUGACGGGCAGCGUUGAGCCGGCCAUCUUGAGCGACGAACUGCGGCAGCAAUUCUGCGAGAGCAGGUGGUUCACCCGCGGCUGGACUCUCCAGGAGCUGUUGGCACCGCGCCAUCUCCUGUUCCUCUCGCGGGACUGGAACUUGCUCGGGAACCUGCCGUGGCUGGUGGACGACGUUGAUACGGCCACGGGCAUCCCGACGCGGUUUCUGCUGAAGGAGCUCAAGCUGCACACGGCGAGCAUCGCGCAGCGGAUGGCGUGGGCGGCCGACCGCAAGACCACGCGCGUCGAGGACAUGGCGUACUGCCUGAUGGGGCUGUUCAACAUCAACAUGCCGCUGCUGUACGGCGAAGGCUCCAGGGCGUUCCGGCGGCUGCAGGCCGAGAUCAUCAAGGAGUCGUACGACCACUCCAUCUUUGCGUGGCAGGGCGACGCGGACCGCGAGGCGUUGGGAGACGUCAACUAUCCCAUCCUGGCGCCGUCGCCGCAGUGCUUCCGCUGGCACUCGCGCAUCAUCCAGGCGUGGGAUCACAACGAGCGGAGCCAUUACACGCUCACCAACAGCGGCCUACGCAUUACGCUUCCCGUGCUCAAGACGGUGACGCCGGGGCUGAUCUUGGCUGUGCUGAACUGCCGGUCGAGCCCAGUGUCGUCUAAGAACCGCAUCUGCCUCGUCCUGUACAGCACCAGCGGCGACCGAUACACGAGGCUCGCCAGCAUCCCCGUCAAGCUGGCCUCCGUCGUCGGGUGGGGCCGGCGACACUCCCGCAACCGCCCAAUCAACCACAGCGCUACGGAGCACUGUGGCACCUAA